ACAAGAUGCUGCCUCGCAUGGCCCUCCUCCUCAUGUCCUGGAUGCUGCUUUCCUGUCUGAUGCUCUUAUCUCAGGUGCAAGGUGAAGACUCCCAGAAUAACAUACCUUCUGCACGCAUUAGUUGCCCCAAGGGCUCUCGGGCUUAUGGCUCCUACUGCUAUGCCUUGUUUCAGAUACCACAGACCUGGUUUGAUGCAGAACUGGCCUGCCAGAAGAGGCCCGAAGGACACCUCGCAUCUGUGCUCAAUGGAGCUGAAGCUUCAUUUCUAUCCUCCAUGGUGAAGAGCACAGGGAACAGCUACCAAUAUACUUGGAUUGGGCUCCAUGACCCCACACUGGGUGCUGAACCCAAUGGAGGCGGAUGGGAGUGGAGUAACAAUGACGUGAUGAAUUACUUUAACUGGGAGAGGAACCCAUCUACUGCCUUAGACCGUGGUUUCUGUGGCAGCUUGUCGAGAGCUUCUGGAUUUCUAAGAUGGAGAGAUACUACAUGUGAGGUGAAGUUGCCCUAUGUCUGCAAAUUUAAGGGUUAAACUUAUGAGAAAGCAAACAGCCCAAAUUUGUCCUGAAGAACAUCAUGGUCAAUGGACAAAAUGUGAAGACUCACCUAGAAAAAGCAUGUUCUAUCUAUAGUCCACAUUAGAGCCCUAGUCUGCUCUCUUUAGAUCUUUAUUUAGUCCUUUCUGUAGAGGUU